AUGCAAGAAUAUUUAAAACUUUCGCUGAUUCUCAGCACUUUCGGAUUAUUAAAGGAAACGCGACCAUCAGAACCUUUCAUCACUGAAUUCAUCGUGAAGUUCAAGAACAUCACAGUUGAACAAGUUAAUCAAGACAUUUUUCCAAUCGGAACUUAUUCUUAUCUCGCACAACUCGUCGUCAUAUUUUUAGCGACUGAUUUGUUGCGGUACAAGCCAUUAAUAAUCUUAUUGGCAUCGUCGGGGGUCGCAAUAUGGAGCAUGCUUUUAUGGACAAAUUCCGUUCUCAGUCUACAAAUCGUUGAAGUCAUUUAUGGCACAUUUUGUGCGACAGAGAUUGCUUACUUUAGUUAUAUUUACGCAAAGACUGACAAGCAACAUUAUCAGGCGGUGACAUCACAUACAAGAGCUGCAAUUUUUAUAGGAAGAUUUCUUGCAGCUGUCACAGCACAAAGGCUCGUGUACUUCGGUUUAAUGGACUAUCGGCAACUCAACUACCUCACUUUAAUAAAUUUGGUGUUGGCACUCAUCUGGGCUUUCUUCAUCCCUCGUGUUGAGACAAGUUUAUAUUUCAAUCGAGAUAAGAAUGAUGGAAAUCUUCCUGAAACAUUCAAACAUAAUCGAAUGACCGACGCAUUUUAUCUUAUUUGGAUGCACUUCAAGUCUUCUUACAGUAACAAGACAGUGUUGAUGUGGAGCUUUUUCUAUGCAAUUGCGAUGUGUUUUUAUCUACAAAUCACGUCUUACAUUCAAGUUCUUUGGAUUGAAAUCAACGAAGAAAAGGAAGGAGAAAUAUUCAAUGGAGAUGUUGAAGCAAUUCUGACACUCCUUGGAGCUUUGGCUACAAUCUUUGCUGGAAAAAUUCAAAUUAAUUUCUUGAAAAAGCAGAAACAAAGAUUAUUGGUGUUGAUUGUCAUGUCGAGCUUGCAAGGAUGUUUUGUUCUUCUCGCAGCAACAAGCACAACAUUAAUCUCAUGUUAUGCAUUUUAUAUAUCAUUUGGUGUGGCUUACGCUUUUAGUAUCACAAUUUGUGCGACAGAAAUUGCGAAGAAUCUCGCUGAUGACACUUACGGGUUGAUUUUUGGCUUCAACACGCUUGUAGCUUUAACUGUACAAACAAUUGUCACACUCUCAGUUGUUUCAAAUGGAUUUAUGUUGCCACCAAGUGGUCAAUAUCAAAUUUAUGGAUAUUCUUAUCUGGCACUUGCUGCAGUUUAUCUUCUUAUUCUUACAUUUAAUAUUAUAAAAUGA